AUGAUUUCACCAGUAUUCAGCAAUAGUUCCAAAUCAAAAAAUGAUGCUUCAGGUGAUAGCAGCGCAUUUCAAAAAAAUAUCGCAAAUUUAUAUCAUAGCCGAAGAAAGCUUGCAACGUUAAUGGGUGAAAAACGAAAGUGGCUAAAUUGUCAAAGAAAGGCAAGUUUGCUGGUUCAACCGUACAAAAUAGAUGAGUUAGAAGUGAUGUCAAGAUUUGCACCAUUACUAAGUGAUGUAUCAACAGCGCAGUUACCUAAUGAGCAACAUCAGGCGCAGUUAGCACUUAUCGAACAGAUCAUUCAAGAAUCUAUUAUAAUUGAAUGGCCAAAGAUGCAUUAUGAAAAAUGUCCCGAUGAUGAUAAUAGCCUAGUUGGCAUGGAAUUGGAUUUUGCUCCUUUGAUACAUCGUGCUCGAAAUGUUGUCAAAUGUCGUACGUCACAUCCAACAAUGAGAGUACGAGUUUGUGCAAUAGCUGAACCAAAUUCUGAUAUGAUAUAUCCACGUGUAGUAGAAGCAUUUUUUCGUGCAACAUUGGUGAAAUUAUCUGGUGAUCCAGGUGAUAGACAAACAGCUGGUCGACUAAUUUUAACUCAACGUGAAGGUACGUCAGCUACGAAAUAUCACGAUCAACAUGGUGUUGUGGUGAAUAUGAAUGGAAGAUUGUUGAUAAGUCAAGUAUCACCUGAAUGUAGCACCAAUAUUUUAUCGGAGCAGUAUGGUGAAAAUGUAAAAAGGACUAAUUUGAAAUAUGAACACGGAACGCUAUGCGCAAUAUUUCCGGAAUUGGGUGUAACGUUAAAUUCAAUGAUUGAUCGACGUCAGUUAUCGACGCGUUAUGCAAUUCAAAUUGAUGUUGCAUUAAAUAUUGAAAAUAAAUUAAUCGUAAAACACGUUGUCCUAUCUCAUGAAUUCUUAAUUGCAAUUACCAAUGAUCAGACCGAAUCAUUGUUAAAUUUCAUCUAUUGGCCACGAUUACUCGAUCGAGAGCAAUUCCAUAAUCAACCAAGUGAUCAAGAAGAUGUCACAUCAAAUAGUAAUAAGCAAAAAGUGCCAUGGGGUAUUUUGAAAAAAGCAUUGAAAUAUUUCGUAAAAGCGCAAUUGAAUUCAGCACGUGCGCUAGAUACUGAUGAAUUACUGCAUGUUCAAUGCAUGUUAUUUUAUCCAAGAAUUCGAAAAGCUAAUGAAGAGGAAUGUGAACAAUUGGAGAAGCAUUUAUUUGGUAAUAUUAAAAAUAUCAAUGAAGGAAAUGGUGUAAUUAAACUAAAACACAGAUUAUUAACAGAAAUGGUAGUUGAUAGUGUAUUAGUUAGUAAAAAUGAACUUAUGGUGAAUAAAUGUAUUAGUCUUGCUGAUAAUAUUACCGAAUUACCACAUAAUCUCUGGCAAUGGUUGUAUCGUGCAACGGAAAUAAUUAUCGAUGUUGGCCAUAAAUUUUGUCCAGCAUUAUCUAAUGUUGAUAAAAAAUCUGCUAAAACAAAGAAACCAACAAUUCCAAUGAAUGAAUAUCAAUCAAUAUUAAGCUUGUUUAAUAAUAGAAUUUUAACCUUAACAAGCAUACAAAGUAUUGCAAAAGUUUUCAAAGCAAUGGAAGAAAAUGACAGGAAAUGUGGCACUUUGACAAAAGCUAUUUAUUUAAGAUUUUGCGAUGAAAAUGCUGGCUAUAUUUCAUUUGCAUUCACAAAUUUCAGCAAAGAUAAUAAUGGUAAACCAUUGAUGGGAUCACUGUCCUCGGAACAGAUCAAAGAUUUCAAACAGGGAAUUGCUGAAAUAUUAAUGGAUGAAUCAUUCCUAAAAAGCUAUGAUCGUAUCGUUCAACUUCAAACUUUUGAUGGUAAAAAUCGUGAUGAGAGCAAUUUAGCUAUUGCUACUCCACUCAAAACAACAAUUUUCCACGAUUAUAAUACAAUGCGACUGCAAAAUAAUUGCGUGGAAACACGUGACAAUGAAACGAUCCGUGUCAAUCCACUUACUGGUGAAAAAUUGACUCACACUCAAAACAACGUCAACAACGUUGUCACCAGUAAUAGCAGCCAUACCACGGAACUUUCAAGCCUUGUGCAAUCAUACGUUGAACUUUUGUUACAUGCUUCAUCGUUUUAUACCGUAUUUAAUGGUACUUCAACCAGUGAUUCAAUUAGCGGUGAUUCAACUAGCGAUAAGGAAAGCGAUGGAAAUGUGAAAUUAGAACAGAGAAGAUUGGAAAAUAACAAUAUCAAUAAUGUUACCCGAAAUAUCACUACUGAUGGAGCAGUAAAAAGUGUGAUAUAUUCGCAUAGCAAAGAAGAGAUUAGAAGAGUGAAAUGUGACUCGAUGAAUAUUUCAAAGAGAAUUUAUGAUGAAAGAUGGAUGAAUGAGAAUGAUGAAUUGGAAGCGCUUGAUUUAACAGAGAAACGAACUAAGCUAAAUGAAAGCUAA